CCCCUAUUUGACUCGAAAUUCAACUAUGGUUUCAACGGCCACUACUUGCGUAAAGUCAUUGACUACUGGCGCCGGGACUUUGAUUGGCGCCGACAGGAAAAACUGCUAAACUCUUUGCCACAAUUCAAAACCCAAAUCCAGGGGUUAGGUAUCCAUUUCCUGCAUGUGAAGCCCAACCUACCGGCCAAAAAGGUGGUCCCACUUCUGGUAAUCCAUGGGUGGCCGGGCUCUGUGUGGGAGUACUAUAAGUCUAUACCACUACUGACUCAACCCAAUCAGGACAUUGCUUUUGAAGUGGUCUGUCCCUCCAUUCCCGGCUACGGGUUCUCUGAGGCACCGCACCGGCAGGGGUUUGGUCUGAAAGAGACGGCCCGAGUGUUUGUCCAACUGAUGAACCGUUUGGGACACAAGAGGUUUUUGGUUCACGGAGGGGACUGGGGGUCCAUUAUAACUAAGACUAUCGCCCGACUAUACCCUGAAAAUGUCAUCGGAAUUCAUACAACUAUGGGCUCCAGUCCCAUAUCACUCCGGGGUAAACCACUGCUCAAGUUCAUUGUGGGCACUGUAUUCCCGUCACUUGUGUUGGACAACCCGGCUAAUGACGCCCCGAAAGUGUACCCAUUUUGGCCUAAAUUCGCGUUUCUUAUGAGAGAAUCGGGAUAUAUGCACAUCCAGGCCACCAAACCCGACACAGUGGGCACAGCCCUACUUAACACACCCGUAGGACUGGCAGCCUAUAUACUGGAGAAGUACUCGACGUGGACUAACCCGGCUAAUGUGGACAAACAAGAUGGCGGACUGACCGAGAAGUUCACUUUGGAUGAGUUGUUGACACAGAUUAUGAUUUACUGGACGUCCCGUAACGUUACGGCAUCCCUGCGCUACUAUAAGGAGUCCCUCAAUACAGGGCUCAGACUGCCGAUUACAGUGCCGGCAGCGGUGGCCGACUUUCCCAACGAGUUGGUCCGUACGCCGGAGUCAUGGGUUCGGGACGAGUGCCUCGAUUUGGUUCAGUACACAGAGAUGUCGAGAGGCGGACACUUCGGAGCCUUCGAGGAACCGGAGCUCACGGCU